GGUGCAUGCCUGGCAAAGCCAACGUGCAAUAGGAUUGGGCGGUAUUGCGUGCAAUGGAUUUGCAAGAUGCCAUUUCAGAAAUUCGGGCGCAGCAAAAAGUGUCCAUGGAACGGAUGGACAUCUUGAAGCACCAACAUGAGCAAUGGCAAAAAACAGUGGCAGAUCUGCUGGCCAAAGCGGAUUCCAUGAAAAUGCCGCAGGUAAAUGUGCAGCCCGAGCGGCCCGUGGCACCAUCCGGUGAUUUCCCUGAAGUGUUGGACAUUCGGCUUGACGAAUUUGAAGGUGAGAGCCGACCACUGGGCCGAGAUUCAACUCCUUCCACUGAUAUUCGGCGCUCCAGGCAACCCAAAAAACUUGAAGUGAGCCAGGGCCCUUUGAAAAAGUUGGUGGCGGAAGUGAUGAUGGAUCAUGAUACGAUGGACCAUUUUGGUGAUUUCAGUUGGUGGCAGCGGCAGAAACGUGCUGUAUGCAGAUUUGUGAAUUCCAAACAUUUUGAGUACAUCACAGGCGUGAUCAUUUUGUUGAAUAUGAUUAUGAUUGGUGUUGAAGCAGGGCUAUCCAUCGAAAACGGCGACAUCCAGUGGGCCACUUGGAUUGAAAGAGCUUUUCUCACAGUCUACACAGUGGAACUAUCGCUGCGUUUGUUCGUUGGUGGCCGCCAACUGUUUAAGAGCCCAUGGUUUCUGUUGGAUUUUUCAUUGGUUUGUGUUGGCAUCAUUGCAUUGGUGGUGGCUCCCAUCCUUGGACAAGGCACACUCGGAGGGAUCGAAUUUGAAAAGGUUUUGGUCGUCCGCGGCCUUCGUUUGCUGAGACUCGCUCGGGCCUUGAGGAUGGUUGGCCAUUUCAAAGUCAUAUGGCGUUUAGUGUAUGGCAUCCUCACAGCUGGGCAUACCAUGUUGUCGGUUACAUGUUUGGUCGCAUUGUGGCUCUUUAUAUUUGGCUGUGUGGCCGUGGAGAUUAUCACUAAAGACGUGGACCUUCGCUCAAACCCGGAAACGCAAAGCAUUGUCCAACAUGCUUUUGGAACUUUGCCGCGAUCAAUUUUGACCUUGCUGCAGUUUGUUACCAUGGAUUCGAUUGCAGAUGUGUACUUCCCGUUGAUCAUGGCAAAACCUUGGCUGCUCAUCUACUUCAUGCCGAUUUUGUUAUUCUUCUCCGUUGCUCUGAUGAACCUGGUCACAGCUGUGCUGGUCGAGCAUGCCUUGGAAUAUGCUGCGCAUGAGGCAGAAGCAGAACGUUUGAAGACCAAAAGCAAGAUCAAGGCGGCUUUGCCCGCUUUGUUGGACAUCUUUCAUCGGCUCGACACGGACGAGAGUGGCUGCAUCACGCGGGAGGAAAUCGCGCAUGUGCCCUUGGACAUGUUACCUCCGAAACUUUUGGAAACGGUGUCCGUGGAUAGCAUGACAGAUCUUUUCGAGCUUUUGGACGUUGAUGGUGGGGGAACUCUGACUCAAAAUGAAUUUGUGGAAGGUCUGCUGAACCUGGUGCUGUUGGACGUGCCCAUAUGGACGAUCCAAACCUUGAAGCUCUUGCGCUUGAUCCGAGGCAUCACUCUUCAGAUUGGUGACGAUGUGAAACACCUGAAACACGUGAAACAUGGCGCCAUUGGCAACGGCCACACGUAGCAGAUUUCGAUCUCGAAACGAUGGAAAAUGAUGGUGAGGAGAUGAAAAUGGAUUGUUGUGUUUGAAAUAGUGGAACUCUGGUGGUUUCGUCACUCAAUUGAAUUUCACCCAUUCACCUCCAGUUUCUGCAUGCUACAAACUUUGUAAGCAUGCUCUCAACAGUGUCACCUCCGUUGAAGGCGGGGUGGCAGUGCUCCAAACAAUGACGUUGGCUUUCACCCGUAGCGAAGAAGAUGCGCAGAAAACCAAACAUCACCAAAAAAACAAAAGAACAGUGUGCAGGCAGCAUCUUUGUUGAUUUUCUUGGGCCAAAAAACAUGGUGUACUUUGAUUUGCUGCUGGUGGGCCGCAACUCGAAAGUGAUCAGUGAUAUGAACUGUUUUUCCAUCCAAAAUAUACACCUGCCUUCAGUGCUGCUUUUCAGCCGCACGGACCCUGUGGAAAGAGUCGGUUUGCUUUGGUUAAGGACGCUCAGACAUGCAAAG